AUGCCAGUUGAAGCUCCCUCGGCGGAAAAGCUCCUCGACAUGUAUGCGCGCAUGUGGUGCAUACGCCUGUUCGAGGAACAAGCGGAAUACCAGUCCAGCCAGGGUAAGGUGAUGGGAGCCCUGCAUACCUACAUCGGUGAAGAAGGCGUGGCGGUGCCCGUCUGUGCGCACCUGCAGGACACGGAUUACAUCACCAGCACCCACCGAGGCCACGGCCACUGCAUUGCCAAAGGCGCCGAUAUCAGUCGCAUGAUGGCCGAGCUCUUUGGCCGCUCCACCGGUUAUUGCAAGGGUAAGGGCGGCUCCAUGCACAUCGCCGAUUUCAAGUUGCGCGGCAACGGUCAGGUGGCGGUGUGCUUUUUCGGCGACGGGGCGGCCAAUCGCGGCCCGUUUCACGAAAACAUCAACAUCGGCGCCGUAUGGAAGCUGCCGGUGGUGUACGUGUGCGAGAACAACCAGUUCGCGCAGUGGACGCCGCAGAAGGACGUGACGCUGGUGACCGACAUCGCCAACAUGUCGCCGGCCUACGGUAUCCCGGGCGUGCAGGUGGACGGUAUGGACCCCCUGGCCGUGUACGAGGCGGCCGGCGAAGCGAUCGCGCGCGCGCGCCGGGGCGAAGGGCCGACCCUGCUGGAGUGUAAGACCUACCGCUUUCACGGUCACAACUUCGGCGACCCGCAGCAGUACCGCACGCGAGAGGAAAUUGCCGAGUGGUCCGACAACCGCGACCCCGUCAAGCAAAUGGCGGCGCACCUGCGCGACGCCGGCAUCCUGAGUGACGAGCAGGACGCCGACAUCCAGAAUACGGUGCAGGAAGAGAUCACCGCAGCGGUGCGCUUUGCUGAGAGCAGCCCGUAUCCAACACCGGACGAACUGUACAAAGACGUCUAUUCCUACGAUAUCGGUUGA